AUGACUAUCGAACUGCAAAACAUGAUUGCCGCUUUUCAAACCAAAACAAAAUCAAGCGAGUCAAUAUCAUAUAUUGCGUACAGAAAGAGCCAGGAUAUGAUUUUACAAGCAAACGAUCAUCUUCGUAGCAUAUCAACCAUUGAGUGUUACAAUGUAACAUUGCAAGCCAAUAACCAUAUAGAAGAACUUUUAUCUGCAAAAAAGACCUUUGGAGCGAUUGAAGAACAAACUGUUAUGACCAAACAGCGAAAAGAUUCCCUCUCCGAUCCAAACCCCGUCAUCAGUGUUGCAGAGUACAAGGAGUACAACGUGAAGUUGAGAAACGACAAACAUCGAUGCUGUAACUAUGGAGUAUGUGAAUUGCCUAGUGGAGAGUUUAUCAUAGCAGACCAAGAUAAUUGUAACGUUAAGCUCCUGGACAAGGAGUAUAGAGUGCUCGACCACUGUGAUAUCCCUGAGAAACCAUGGGACGUGUGCCACAUUGGCGGAAAUGAAGUGGCAGUUUGUGUUUACAAUAGAAAUGCUGAUAGACGCGGACUUAAUUUCAUUAAUGCUACGAAAGGGAAAUUCUUAUCUACGAGGAAGUUAAGUUUCAGCCAUGAAUGUGUUGCCGCAGCUCAUCAUGGUGGCCAGCUUUACAUCUUCUCUUGUACCGCCCUGUACGUCUACACGAUGUUGGGAAAAAAGAAGCUGUACAAGGUAGAGUCUUGGUGUAUCACGGUGGAGAAAAGUACCAUCAGUCACGACGGAAAGACAAUCUACAUCACAAACAACAUUAGAGAUCAAUUGAUCACUCUUGACAACAACGGCAAAAAGCUGGCCUCUUUCACUGACCCUGACAUGAUAGAACCUACAGGAAUACACGUGACACCAUCUAGACACGUGUUCGUCUGCUGCCGUGACUCCGGCACGGUGCUUCAGGUUGACAAAGACGGGAAGAAGAAGUUGGCCACACUGGCAAGGAAAGAAGACGGAGUGUACGGACCGUGUGAUUUAUUUUUCAGCAUCCGCACUUCUCUGAUUGUUGGUGGAGAAAUAGACACACUUCUUGUUAUCAAGUUAAUUUAG